GAGGAACUCAAACUUAAAGGCUCCUGCUAAGAAUCAGGAUGUUUCAUUUUCCUCUUACUGGUGGGCUUGCUGUGGCUGGUCUGGGAAGGCUGAGCCCUGGUCCAGACCCUUGUGGACAGUGAGUCUCUCGCCAUGGCAGCCUGCUGCAGCUGGAAUGAUGUUUUCCAGUAUGAGACAAACAAAGUCACCCGGAUCCAGAGCAUGAAUUAUGGCACCAUUAAGUGGAUCUUCCACAUGAUCGUCUUUUCCUACGUUAGCUUUGCUUUGGUGAGUGACAAGCUGUACCAGCGGAAAGAGCCUGUUAUCAGUUCUGUGCACACCAAGGUAAAAGGGAUAGCAGAGGUGAAAGAGGAGAUUUUGGAGAACGGGAUGAAGAAGGUGGUGUCCAGUGUCUUUGACACGGCGGAUUACACCUUCCCUUUGCAGGGAAACUCCUUCUUCGUGAUGACAAACUUCCUCAAGACAGAAGGCCAACAGCAGGGGUUAUGUCCUGAGUUUCCCACCCGCAGGACACUCUGUUCCUCUGACUUGGGCUGUAAAAAGGGACGGGUGGACCCGCAGAGCAAAGGGAUCCAGACCGGAAGGUGUGUAGAGUAUAAAGGGAAGCUAAAGACCUGUGAAGUCUCCGCCUGGUGUCCCAUCGAGGCAGCGAAAGAGCCCCCCCGGCCUGCGCUCUUGAACAUUGCCGAAAACUUCACAGUGCUCAUCAAAAAUAACAUCGACUUCCCUGGCCACAACUACACCACGAGAAACAUCUUGCCGGGUGUAAACAUCACUUGUACCUUUCACAAGACUCAGGAUCCACAGUGUCCCAUCUUCCGACUAGGAGAUAUCUUCCGAGAAGUAGGAGAUAAUUUUUCAGAUGCUGCAAUUCAGGGAGGAAUCAUGGGCAUUGAGAUCUACUGGGACUGCAACUUGGACAGCUGGUUCCAUCGCUGCCAUCCAAAAUACAGUUUCCGUCGCCUUGACGACAAGACCACCAAUGAGUCCUUGUAUCCUGGCUACAACUUCAGAUAUGCCAAGUACUAUAAGGAAAACAACGUUGAAAAACGGACUCUGAUAAAAGUCUUUGGGAUCCGUUUUGACAUCCUGGUUUUUGGCACCGGAGGGAAAUUUGACAUUAUCCAGCUGGUCGUGUACAUUGGCUCAACCCUCUCCUACUUUGGUUUGGCCACUCUGUUCAUUGACUUUCUCAUCAACACUUACUCGAGUAAAUGCUGCCGAUCCCACAUUUAUCCAUGUUUCAAGUGCUGCGAAUGCUGUGCAGUCAAUGAAUACUACUACCGGAAGAAGUGUGAGACCAUCGUGGAGCCCAAGGCGACGUUAAAAUAUGUGUCCUUUGUGGAUGAAUCCCACAUUAGAAUGGUGGACCAGAGGCUACUUGGGAGAAGUCUGCAAGGUGUCAAAGGUGAAAAAGUCCCAAGACCCUCAACGGACUUCACAGACUUGUCCAGGCUGCCCAUGUCUCUCUGUGACCCACCCCCUAUACCUGGACAGCCGGAGGAGAUGCAGCUGUUAAGUGAAGUGACUCCUAGAUUCGGCGACAGCCCUGCCUGGUGCCAGUGUGGACACUGCCUCCCGUCCCAACUCCCUGAGAGCCACAGGUGCCUGGAGGAGCUGUGCUGUCGGAAAAAGGCUGGCGCCUGCAUCACCACCUCGGAGCCAUUCAGGAAGCUCGUCUUGUCCCGGCGCGUCCUGCGGUUCCUUCUGCUCUACCAGGAGCCCUUGCUGGCGCUGGACGAAAACGCCAACAGCCAGCUGCGGCACUGUGCCUACAGGUGCUACACCACGUGGCGCUUCGGCUCCCAGGACCUCGCUGACUUUGCCAUCCUGCCCAGCUGCUGCCGCUGGAGGAUCCGGAGAGAGUUUCCCAAGAGUGAAGGCCAGUACAGUGGCUUCAAGAGUCCUUACUGAAGGCACGGGGCUGACCAGUCAUGUGAACAUGACCUUUGUUUGCAACCUGAGCUUGACCUGCAAAGAUCUGUGGCCAAAUUUUCAGCCAAAGGGAAAUGUGUUUUCCUCUCCUGCAGCUCUAUGUGUGUCAGAGAGCAGACCGAACAAAUAGGCACAUAAGCCAGAACCCCUCAGCAUGGACCGAGUCAAGAAAUUCAGAUUGAUGUCUCAGUUCUGUCACUGGGAAGUUGUGUGAUCCUAGGCCUUUAACCUCUGUUCCUCGUUGCCGUAUUACCCAACCUAUCUCACAGAGAUACUGGAAGGACAAAUUGGGAGAGUGUACAUGAACUUUCUUGUUCAUGCACAAAGAGCUACAUGAAUGCAGAGCCUCCUUAUGAGGACAGAGUGGGAUAAUGGACAACUACGAACAAACCCUAACAAACCGUUUGGGUGCUGGUUGGAAAAUGUGGAUGAUUAAAAGUGGCCACAAAUUCUUCGGCGCUGAUGCCUCAGAACCUGAGGGUUAUGUCUCCUCCCCUUGCAUCUGGGCAGCUCUGAUUGCUUUAUCCAGUACUACAAGUAACGCUGUGCCAGCUUUGGGGUCUUGGUCUUGAGGCUGACAGAAAGCUUCCACUUCCUGUCCCUUGACACAUCUGCUGUGAAGGAAGCUAGCCCCGGUAUAAACGUCCAUCCUGAGACCACCCUACUGUGAGGAAGCGCAAGUGGCCACAUGGAGAAUAGAGACACCUGACCAGUCCCCAGCUUUCAGGCCUUCCAAACCCACUCACUAGACAUGGGAGAGAAGCAUUCGGGUCAUUCCACACCCUGCUCACAUAUUACUGCAAUUGCAUGAGACGCUUCCCAGGGAACCCACAGAACAAAAUUGUUGCUGUUCUUUUUGUCUUAACGUUUAUUUAUUUUGAGAGAGAGAGUGAGCACGUGCAAGCAGAGGACAGGCAGAGAGAGAAGGAGAGAGAAUCCUAAGCCGGCUCUGCACUGUCAGCACAGAGCCUGACGGGGGCUCAG